ACCCAAUCGUCGGAAAGAGAGAGAGAGAGAGAGAGAGAGAGAAGAGAGAAGUUCAUCUUCUUCCUUCCAUCUUCGUUCAAUUCACCUCUCCCGAGCUAGUUCCCCUGUUGCAGAAGAAGAAGCAUCAUCGUCGCUUCUCGGCCUCCUCCCUCCGUUCAUCUGAUCAGCUCAUACCUCUCUUCCCUUCCUUUCCCUCCUCGCUUUGGGUUCUUCCGGAGCUGCUCGAUUAAUUGUCUGCGGGAGCGGAUGCUGGUGGCCGGUUCAUGUGGAUCUUUCUGACCUCGGCAUAGGGUUUCUCAAGGAGCUGCGAUGGGGCUCAAGGGUGGCGAAGAUGACGUGGCAUUCGACGACGGGGGCAAGUGCGUCUCCUGCUCCAUUUGCCUCGAGGUCGUCGCUGACAAUGGCGAUCGCUCCUGGGCCAAGCUUCAAUGCGGCCACCAAUUUCAUCUUGAUUGCAUUGGUUCAGCGUUCAACGUGAAGGGCUCCAUGCAAUGCCCCAAUUGUCGGGAGAUUGAGAAAGGGCAGUGGCUUUUUGCAAAUGGCUGUCGUACCGUUCCAGAAUUUAGCAUGGAUGACUGGACUCAUGAGGAGGAUGUUUAUGACUUAAGCUACUCUGAAAUGUCCUUUGGUGUCCAUUGGUGUCCGUUUGGUCAACUAGCGAGGCUUCCUUCAUCGUUUGAAGAUGGAGAAUUCACACCUACUGCAUAUCAUGAUCCUCUGGGACAGCAUGCUCUCUUUGCUGAACAUUCAGCUGUCUCAUCAACUGCUCACCCCUGCCCUUACAUUGCUUAUUUUGGACCAAUUCCUCCCUCAUCAUCAACUUCAAAUGGAAGCAUCUCAGAUGCUUCUAGUUUGAAUAAUCACUGGAAUGGCCCAUCAGUACAGAGUGAAGUACCAGGUUCUUAUGCUUUUCCUGCCGUUGAUCUCCAUUACCACAGCUGGGAGCACCAAUCCCCUCCCUUCUCUACAAGCCGCAGUCGUCCCGGAGGUUCUGAUCCUCCAUCAAUUGCACCUACUGCUCAAAGGUCUGCAAGGACCAAUCCUGAUCUUCCUCGUUCAGGAACUUUUGUGCAUCCAUUUGUUGUUGGCCACAGUUCCGGGGCUAGAGCUGUGAACUCCAUUGCAACCUCUCUGAUACCUCCUUACCCGGGAAGCAAUGCUAGGACUCGGGAUAGAGUCCAAGCUCUCCAAGCUUACUAUCAACAGCAAAGGCCCAGUCAUUCUGUCUCAUCACGUGGGCCCAUUGUGUCUGCCAACCGAAGAGCUCUAAACCACAGAGGCAUGGCCCCGGUAGCUUCAUCAUCCGACCAGUCAAGUGGUUUCUAUUUCUUCCCAGCAGGUUCCUCGAGCCAUAACUUUCAAGAACUCGAGAGCUUAUCUUCUAGUCGAUUUCACUCGUGGGAAAGAGACCACCUGCCCUCCUUCUUGUUAAGCCAGGUCGAUAGAGAUUCUGCCCGGGAAAGAUUUCGGGCAGUGCCAGGCGGGUCUGAUCCAGGAAUCAGACAAGGAAGCUUUCGGCAAAGGCAUGGGUUCGAGAGGGUAUAGCAUCGAACAACCGCUCAUGAGUCCUCAUCCAUUUCCCCCUUUUCUAUUCGUAUGGCAAAAAUUUGAAUGGAACGAUAAAGUAUGUGUGAUUAAGAAACAAACUUGUACAUGAUGCUUGUGGUCCCUUGAUGGACCUGAGACUCGGUGGUGCCCACGGGAACAAUCUUUGGGCAACCAAUUGGCUGUGAGGGUGAUGGACUUCAAUGCCUUUGAUCAGCUUGCCUUUCCAGUACUUAAAAAAUGAAUACGAGCUUUCGGCUCCCAUAUGUAUGAGGGGUUUAUGUUUC